AUGAUGCCGACACUACCAGCAGAGCUGCAUGCUCUCCUCGAAAGAGAUCAGCAGCCCGACUCUCUCCCAUCACUACGCCCGCAAAGACCCUUCUCCGCUGACCUCAAACCCACCAUCGCUUCGCAGCCCUACCCCGUGCCCGUGCUAGGCAUUCUGCACCUGCUCAACGACGACAUCGAAUCGGCACACGCGCUCGUCCAAGACGACGACGGCAACCGCGACUCUAACCUGAUACACUCGAUUUUGCAUCGUCGAGAGGGCGAUUUCUGGAACUCAAAGUGGUGGCUCAAUCAGUUUACCCACCCAUUCUUGGGUCAGCUCUACUCUGAGAAAAGCCUGGACGGCAAAGCAGGUGCCAAACAAUUUGUCGACCUCAUCGAUAGCAUCACCUCGAAAGGUGCCACCACUGCCUGUGCCGCACAGCGAGACGUCAAGCAGGCCAAAGAGUGGCAGUGGAAGGAACACUCGAGUCUCGCGCAGUACCUAUUUGAACAGUACAGCAUCCAACUAAGCUGA